AUGGUCAGUUUUGUGUUUGUUGUCAACUUCCGAAAACUAGAAACCUGCGCAAAACAGGUGGUUGCCCUCAUAGAAAGCAGAUCACGCGAGGUGGGCUUGGCUGGAGUGUGCUGUCGGUCCAUGGAGUUUGAGUUGACGCAGUUCAGCGACACAACUUCAUACAGUCGGACUACAUCAGCCGUCCUAGCUGCAGACCCAUCUGCUGUGCUGGUCAGCGGGAAAAGAUCACAUCUUUGA